UAUAUAUCGUCAAUGCAGCCACAUAUAUUUUUGACAUUAGACAGAAACUAUAACGAGCAAAACAUUUAUUUUCCGACCUUAUACGGUGUGAGACGGUAAACGCUAUAUCAUAUAGCUUAAACAAGCAGUGUUUUGACGUUUUCAAAAUGGGAUUUCAAUACGAAGUUUUGUUGUUUCUUGUGCUGUUCUAUAUACAACUAAUACAUUGCAUGCCGGGUGCAUUUCCUGAUGAACCUUUCAACUGUAACAGAUAUGGGGAUUAUUCUUCACACGACUAUUCGUGUAGACCUGCCGACUUGUUUGAUAUGCUGGAUGACGAUAAACUAAGAGACGAUGUUAUCACUGGAGACGAAUUUCUUCGUGAAGCAGGGGCACGUUGCAGUAACGAGACACUUCUACCUUCCUACAUCAACUGUAUGGGGACAUUGUCUGUGGAAUGUCCCAAACAGUUUGCCGAUGUGGCUGAUUCGUUAAGAAACAAGAUAAGCAUGUUUUGUGACGGCAAUGACGUCUCUGAAUGGCUCCAGUUAGGUUUGCAAUUACUGAUCACUUUGUAG